AUGGCCGUGACAAAGAGACCUCAUGCUCUAAUGCUGGCCUUUCCUGCUCAUGGCCACGUUAAGCCCAUGAUGCAGUUUGCCCAAGUUUUUUGUGCCCAAGGAUUUCACAUCACUCUUGUUAAUACUGAAAACAUGCAUGACAAAAUGUUGAAGUCUGGAUCGAUUCAGUCCAUGGGUGGGAUUAGUUUCGAAAGUAUUCCAGAUGGCCUUCCUCCACAGCACGGUCGAACCAGCCACCAGAUUGACGAGCUCUGUAAAUCCCUCACAAAUAGUUUCUCCCCGCAUUUCGAAAAGGUGAUAGAUAAGUUGAAUAACUCAGCAGAUGUCCCUCCCUUGAGCUGCAUUGUCUACAAUGGAAUUAUGAGUUGGGCUCAAAAAUCAGCCAAGAGAUUGGGAAUUCCCGGAGUAUCAUUCUGGGCAGCCAGUGCUUGUGGCUUCAACAUUUACUUCUCAAUGCCUCUUCUUGUGGAGAAGGGAUAUAUUCCUCUCAAAGGUAUGUGUCUUCCACCUUCAUUUACAAAGGCCUUGAUUUGGAAUCUAACAGGAUUUGUUGUCUUCCUCUUGUAUGAUAUCCUUUCUGAAAUCUUAGAAGAUAAAGAAAGCAUGGAACCCUUUACAGUUUAUAUGGUUGAAGUUUAG